AUGAACUGUGAGCCGUCGUCUUCCUCACCAUACGACGAGAAACAACUCGAAGAUGCUUUAGUUCGAAGUCUGAGAGGUCAAGUGAAACGAGCCAAAGAGUUGGAAACAAAAGCAUUAAGACGACUACAGAGACUUCGUCAGAUAGUUCGAAAUGAAGCGCAUAAUGAACAAGCUCAAGAAUAUAUCGAUGAGAUUAUUAAAAUCAACGAAAAGGACGGUGGUGGUGAAUUGCUCCAUGUGAAUACACCAGAUACACGAGCGUGGUUUUUGAGACGAGACGAAUCUUGGAUCUAUAUAGAACGUGAAAAUGACAGUUCUUUCAGUCUGCUCUAUUCCGUGAAAAAACUCUACAAGUCGAAAUAUUUGAUCCAGGCGAUGGCGGAAUAA